AUGGCCGAUUCCCAAGGUCAGCCACCGUCCCCACCCUCUGCCACACUACUCGAGCUUGUCCCCCACAACCAUUCUCCCUAGCUCUAUGCUCGGUCAUUGUAUGGCACCGCACCGCAUCGCACUGGGGCGAUAAACACCGCUCGCACUCGCACUCGCACCUGCGCCCUCGGCUUGUCAUUACGACGCGGUCACUCACACCUUGUGGUCGCUCCUGAGCCUGCACAUGUCGAUGUCGAUGUCGGCCUCGGUCCUCGCUGCGUAGUUGUCCGUACUCGACUGAAGGUCGCCCGCCUGUCGCUGUCGCCUGUCGCUGUCGCCUACCGACCCUGCCUGCCUGCCGCCUGCCUUUGUCGCCGGCCUGCCUUGUCGCCCCGCGCGCCAGCUGCCAGCUGCCAGCUGCCAAUUGCCAUGCCCGGCGCCGUUAUGACGCAAGUCACGAUUUGGCGCUCGCCCCUGGUCGUCUGCUAGGGAUUUCCGGCGCUCUCGGCUCGCAGCGUGCCGUCUCGUGUCGCACGCAUAUAUCGGUCCCUCGCCCGUUUGAUCUAGUCAUGUACCAGCGCCCCUGCUCCACCCCCACAAAACCUCGGCCCCGGCCACGCACCCCACUACUACUCACCCAAUUGACCUCCGCGCACACGACCGACUGACGCCCCUCUUCCGACCUCCCCUCACUUGACCCACCUUUUCGCCCUCAUACCUCCACCUCACGCUCACGACAGAAUUCCGCACCGACGAGCGCUCCCCCUCGCCCCGACGCGAGCAGCGCGAUGAGCGCAGUCGCUCCCCCGAGCGUCGUCAAGAGGAGCGUCCCAGGUACGUCACCAUCCCUCGCGUUCACUUUUUAUAUACCCGCACCCGAAGCCGACUCUCGCUUCUGCCCCAGUAGGCCUUCCCACAACGGCGGCGGUGACACCAACCCGGGCAACAACUUGCACGUCUCGGGCUUGUCGACCCGCGUCGAGGACCGUGACCUUGAUGAGGUCUUUGCCAAAUUUGGCCGAGUAAGUCUCACAUUGCAACGUAUAGUCGUAGAGCCUUGACCUGACCCACCCUGUCCCCACAGAUUGCCAAGUGCCAAGUCGUCCGUGACCCGCACUCCAAGGAAUCGCGCGGCUUCGCCUUCGUCACCAUGGAGACCCCCGAAGAGGCCGACGCCGCCAUCGCUGGCCUGAACGCGACCGAACUCAUGGGCCGCACGAUGAACGUCCAACACGCUCGCCGAGGUCGUGCGCGCACCCCUACCCCGGGUCAAUACCACGGACCCCCCAAGCGCGAUGAUUUGCCUCCCCGCGGUAGCGCGUAUGGUUCGGACCGAGGUGGAGGAGGUUACGAUCGUGGUUACGACCGUGGGUACGACCGUGGUGGAUACGGUAGUGGAGGAGGAGGCGGAUAUGGUGGCCGUGGUGGUUCGUACUAUGAUGAUCGCCGACCCCCUCCCCCUCCUGCUGCUUACGGCGCCUACGAUGAUCGUCGUGGUGGAGGAGGUUACGACUCGUACGCCCAGCCGAUGCGUCGUUACGACGAUAGGAGGCGCGAUGAUUACCCUCCCGCUCCCCCGCGAGACCGACGCUACGACGACAGGGAGCGCUACAGGUACUGA